GACGUCGGUCACACUGGCAAAUUGUUGGUUUUCCUAUUUUCGUAUUUGCUGAUAAUGUGCAUAUUGUGUGGAAAAGAUGAGUAAACAAGGGAAUAAAAGCAAGGAUUCGGCUGCCGCAUCCGCCACUUUAAAACGGAUAAGCGAAAAGAAGUUGGAGGCCUUCACGGUGGGCACCUUCUCCAAACGACAAUUGUCCAAAAAAGAGCUCGAGGACCAGAAAAAAAAGGAGGAUGCAGCUGCUGCGGCACAUGCCUUCAAAGAGUUCGUAGAGACUUUCCAAGAUGCACCCACCCCCUCCUCGAAAGUUUGGGUCAAAGCCGGCACCUAUGAUGCAGGAUCCCGGCGGGAGGACAAGUCGGAGAAGGGCAAGCUAUACAAGCCGGUCUCCAAGCUGAUGGAAAAGAGCUCCUCGGACAAGGUCGAGGAUUACGCCAAGACCCUGGCCUCGGAUCUCAAAAAGGACUCGGGUCCAUUGAAGAAGAAAAACCAGGAGAAGAAAAAGAGCAACUUGGAGCUGUUCAAGGAGGAAUUGAGACAGAUUCAAGAGGAGCGUGAGGAGCGCCACAAGUACAAGCACAUGGCCUCAAGCCAUUCCGCACCAGCACAGCAACCGGCUGCAUCAGCUGCUCCUGUGCCCAGCAGCAGUGUCUCCACCACCUCCCAGAACUCAAGCAGCUCAAAGGAGUCUGGUUCGUUUGACACGGGCGAUCCAAAUACCACAAACCUGUACCUGGGCAACCUGAACCCCAAGAUAUCCGAGCAGCAGCUUAUGGAAAUCUUUGGGCGAUACGGUCCCUUGGCCAGUAUCAAGAUCAUGUGGCCCCGCUCCGAAGAGGAGAAGCAAAGGGGACGCAAUUGCGGCUUUGUGGCCUACAUGAGCCGCAAGGAUGCGGAAAGGGCCCUAAAGACACUGAACGGGCGCUACAUCAUGGGCUACGAGAUGCGUCUAGGAUGGGGAAAGACUGUGCCCAUAAUGAAUACGCCCAUUUUUACACCGCAAGCAUUGCUUGAGAUGACCCUGCCUCCGCCUCCUUCAGGAUUGCCCUUCAAUGCCCAACCUCCACCCAGUGAAGCUGAUGUGCUGCCCAAGAAAAACUACAAGGAGUUCAACCAAGAGGACAAAGAGAAUAUGGAGCGGAUACUUGCCAAAUGCGUCGUUAAAGUCCAUAUACCCACAGAGAAGGCUGUUCUUAAUGUUAUCCAUCGGAUGAUCGAGUUUGUAAUACGCGAGGGACCGAUGUUUGAGGCUUUGAUCAUGAUUCGGGAAAUGGAGAAUCCGCUCUUUGCGUUCCUCUUCGACAACGAGAGUCCUGCCCACAUCUACUACCGAUGGAAGCUGUUCUCUUUGCUACAGGGCGAUACGCCCAAUGAAUGGCGGGAGGAGGAAUUCCGUAUGUUUAAAAACGGACCGGUUUGGAAGCCCCCGAUUGCCAACUUCUACACUCAAGGCAUGCCAGAUGAGCUGGUUGUUGAUCCCGAUGCUCCUGUGGUGCACAAAGGAGCCUUGUCCAAUGCGCAACGCAACCGACUCGAGGAUUUGAUUAGGCACUUAACUCCUGAACGCGCCCGCAUUGGAGAUGCCAUGAUCUUCUGCAUUGAGCACGCAGAUGCGGCUGAUGAAAUCUGCGAGUGCAUCGCCGAGUCUCUGUCAAAUAUCAAUACAUUGGCUUCAAAGAAGAUUGCUCGACUUUAUCUGAUCUCAGAUAUACUGCACAACUGCACUGUUAAAGUUGCGAAUGCUUCGUUCUUCCGUAAAUCUGUGGAAAAACAAUUGUUGGACAUCUUUGAUAACCUGCAUAACUACUACUUGAACAUCGAGAGUAGAUUGAAAGCUGAGGGCUUUAAAUCCAGAGUCUGCAAUGUUAUCCGCACAUGGGAGGAAUGGACCAUUUAUCCCAAGGAUUUUAUGGCCCAGCUGACGGCCAAAUUCUUGGGCAAACCUUACGUCAAGCCAGUCAAUAACUCACCUCAAGCCGAGGAAACGCGAUUUGAUGAGGCUCUGGACGAAGAUAUCGACGGUGCGCCCCUUUCCGGAGAGGAAAAGGACGACGAGGAUCUAGACGGAGUGCCACUAGAUGGAGCUGCUUUGCUUAAGAGCGCCUUGAAGCGAGCCAUACCUGAUGCAGAUGCUGGUACUCCAAAGCGUGACACACCUAAGAAAGAUGAAUACCUCGAUGAAAUCGAUGGCAUACCAUUGGAUGAUGAUCUCGACGGUGUACCGUUGGAAAAAGAAACCAAAUCUACGGCUAAGUUGCCUGGCUUCAUACCCUCAAAGUGGGAGACAGUUGAUCCCCAGCAAGUAGAAGCGCAGGCGAUUACCACCAGCAAAUGGGACACUCUCGAUCCGCCAGAUCCACCGAAGUUCUUUAGCUCGGACGACGACAGUGGAGAAGACAAUCCGCAAAAGUACACCGACGAGAUGCGUCAGAAGUUAAGAGACAUUGAGUCGAAAGCAAUUCAGUACCAGGACGAACUGGAGUCCGGAAAGCGCCGCCUGGAACCAGGUUGGAGUGUCCCCGAACAAGUGGAACAAUUCCGGAAGCGAUUACUUAAACAGGACUCGCGAUCUGAGGCAACUGUAGACUCCCCGCUCAGCUACAUGCACAUAAAAUCCAAGAGCUCCAAGGUGAGUGAGAGUCCAGCGCUGUUCAGAAGCAGUUCCCGCAAACGAUCCCACUCGCCGUUCUCUGGUGGCGAAUCCAAACGACGUGACUAUUCACCCGAAACCUCGCGCUCAUCCAAAUCCUCGAAACGCAAUCGGUCGCGUAGUCCGUCCAGUUCACCGAAGCGGUAUACAGAGCGGUCGUCUCGCAGCUCCCGCUACGAAACUCCUGCCUCCGGAUCGUCGCGAUCACGCAGUUCUCCAACCUCCUCGCGCUCCUCUCGCAGAGAAGAGCCAUCGCCGCCGAGACAUCGCAGCGACAAGCACAAGCACAAACAUAGGCACUAGAGUGUCUGCUCUUCGGACGAUUUGUAUUUAAUUAAACAUGGAUUCUAC